AUGGAAUUUGAAAAUUCUGUUUAUUCUUAUCCUACGCUAGCUCAAAUAAUUACGAAAACAGAUAUAACCCUUCGUGAAAUAUUAGAUACAUAUCGUGAAGACAAUGAUUUACUAAAACUAAUUUUAGUAGCAAAAGCUCAAGAAGAUAAGGCAAGUUUUAGAAGAGCUGAGGAAGAAAAAUGUAAAGCUGAAAGGUUUAGAUUGCAACACAGACAAGUUGAUUUAGAAAUUAGUAGUGCUGCCAUCACUACAAAUCAAAGACCUUCACUUACACUAUCUAUUCCUUCAUACCCAACCAUUUCUUCAUCACCAACUGUUACGAAUAAUCAUCAAUCAUUUUCAAUUCCUAAUAGUGGUAUAGAAUAUUCUCAUCAUUCAGCAUCCCCUUUAAAUCAUCAUCAUUAUUUACAAAGUCCAAAUAGUGCAAUUAGCAAUAAACGCACUGAUAAUAAUAAUGAAGUUGAUCAUGAAUAUGUUAUGGAAGCAUUAAGGGCUAAAGUUCAAAGAAAUCAAGAAGAUAAUCAUUAUGCAAAAAAAUUCAUGAAUAUUACAAUAAAAACUUUAAAACAAGAUCAAUUUCAAUUAGAUGUUGAAUUAGAGGAUACAGUGCUUAAUAUUAAAGAGAAGAUUCAAGAAAUUAAAGAAUACGAUAUUCCUACCCAAAAACUUAUUUAUUCAGGAAAAAUCUUGACAGAUGAUAAAAAAUUAUCAGAAUAUAAUAUUACAGAAAAAGAUUUCAUGGUGCUCGUGGUUACGAAGCCACAAUCUAAACGCCAAUCUACCCCAUCAUCUACAACUAAAUCUAGCGAAACUUCAGAUGCUGUAAAACCAGAAUCUAACCCAGCAUCUGAUGCUUCUCAAAUGUCAGAAUUAUUCAAUAAUCCUAAUGCUUUAGUUACUGGGGCUGAUUAUGAAAAAUCAGUUCAAUAUAUGAUGGAGAUGGGAUUCGAUCGUGAAUCAGCUGUAAGCGCCAUGCGGGCAAGUUUUAAUAAUCCAAACAGGGCUGUUGAAUAUCUUAUGACUGGAAUUCCAGAGAAUUUUGAUAAUACACCAGGUGUUACAAACCCUACUAGUACCAAUAGUGCUCCUAAUUUAACACAAAAUUUACAACAACAAAGACAAAGAGCAACCCAAGGUGGCGGCGGUGGUGGUGGACAAGGAGGAGGGAAUAUGGAUGAUUUGAAUUUUUUGAGAAAUCAACCACAUUUUCGAAAUUUAAGACAAUUUGUUCAACAAAAUCCAAGUUUAUUGCAACCAUUACUCCAACAGAUUGGUGCUCAAAAUCCUGAAUUAUUGCAGCUUAUAAAUUCGAAUCAAGCUACAUUUAUGAGACUUUUACAAGAACCGGAUGAAGGUGGUGAGGGCAAUCUUCCACCACCACAAUAUGUUUCUGUGACACAGGAAGAAAAAGAAGCAAUUGACAGGUUGGAAGCUUUAGGAUUUGAUAGAGCACUUGCAAUUGAAGCGUAUCUUGCUUGUGACAAAAAUGAAGAAAUGGCAGCAAAUUAUCUUUUUGAUCAUAUGAAUGAUGAAGAAAAGAAAAAGUAA